AUGUCAGAUUACGCUUCCAGUUCUACGGCAAACAUUAAAACGGAAAUUGCUCGUCUCGCCGAAACUCAAGAGGAGAAAGCUAGUUUACUUUCCUACUUCACUAAACAUAAAGAUCAGCAAUCUGAUGCAUUCUCAGACCUUAGUCAUUUUGAUACGGAUAAGGAUAAACUUGCCUAUCUUAGGACUUUUUUGCCUG